AUGGCUCACGAUCGCCCUGCUACAGAAUCUGGCUCCGGCUCAGACAACGACGAAGACAAGCAGAGCGUUGCAAGCGACUCGAGCACGAUGGCUACUAAAGAUGACUUCAAGGUCAAUCUUCUCAAGGCUAUCAAAGACAUCAAGAUCGUGGGCAAGUUUGCAUUCGAUGAAGAAAUUGAAAUUCCCGAGGAUUUCAACAUCUCUGUUCAAGGUGUUGGUGAUAUCAAACUUCCACUCAAGAAGGCGCAAGCAAUGAAGAUCAUCACUCAGGCACGACAAGCGCCCUUUGGGAGAGGAAGUGACACUAUUGUUGACACUUCAGUCCGAAAAACUUGGGAACUUGAUCCUGAGCAGUUCACUAUUGGCGGAGGCGAAUGGUCCGAUUACCUCCAGGAACUGUGUGAACUCGUCGCUCAAAAGAUGGGCAUCAACACGCCUGUCCACGCCGAGCUCUACAAGAUGCUUCUCUAUGAAAAGGGCGCCAUGUUCAAGGCACACACAGACACGGAGAAAAUCCCCAACAUGUUUGGAACCCUCGUCAUCAGUCUGCCAUCGAAACAUAAGGGUGGAGAGGUUUUUCUGGAGCACUGCGGCGAGGAGAUUGUCUAUGAAUCUUCCAAGAGCCAAGCUUCGUGUGCUGCUUGGUACUCGGAUGUUCACCACGAGGUUCUUCCCGUCAAGUCAGGUUAUCGCUGGGUUCUUGCCUACAACCUCGCCAUCGACCAAUCCUCGCCUCGCACAUUUGAUACAUUCUCAGAAACCGAACUGCAGCCCCUCCGUGAAUUGGUUGGAGGAUGGCUCGCGCAGGAGCAAAAGGAUCGCAAAACUCCAUAUGCAUGCCAUGUCCUAGAUCACGAGUAUACUCAAGCCAACAUUUCCCAAAAGUCGCUAAAGGGAGCAGACAUGACCCGGUUCAUGGCUCUUCAACAAGCAUUGGAAGGAUGUCCGGUUACGAUGUUUCUUGCACUGCUUGAGAGAGAGGAGAUUGGCAUGAUAGACUUUGCAGAGCCAGAGAUGCAGGCUUUCUAUCCCUUGUCCUUGGCCUUGGCCAGGACCCUUGACAUCUAUCCAGACCCAUUCAAAGGUUAUCACCCUCCAUUAUAUUCAGUUGACGAGACGGUUUGUCGACUCAAGACUCUUAGAGACCUGCAAGGUGACGCCGUUACAGAUGAGCUAGUCAUCACGGAGAAUUACAUUCUUGAUCCAAGUGCCUUCAAGGGUGUGAAGUCUGAGAAAGCGUAUGAAUUCAGUGGCAACUCCGGUACAACAGCAACACAUUGGUAUCGUGGAAGCACUAUCGUUAUUGUCCCUCGCGACUCGGUUGCUGGCUUACUUAGCCAGCUUGACAGCCAUCGCGAUUCGUCUCCAGAGAUGCAGAUCAAGUACAUUAUGCACUUGUGCUCUCAGCCAGAUAUGCAAGACCACCUGAUCAACACAAUGGUCGGCCUCGUUGAGAAUGUAAUGCCCAAGUUGGAAAUUUACCCUGACUUGAUGAAGGAUAAGUCCGUCUUGCCAAAGGUCGUCAGAAUUGCCCUACAAUAUGAGCGAUACCAUUUUGUUGAGGACAUUCUGGCCAAAUUCUACAAGAUUCUACCAUCUGAUUUGUUUACCUGGUUAAGACAAUGGGUUAUCGAACCCGAUGAUGAUGAUGGCAAGACUUUAGACAAUUUCAACAAGCUCAAAAAAGGACUCUCGCUUGCUAUGGCUUCAAAGGAUGGGUUGGUACACAAGCGCAAGGUCGUAUCUCACUUUGUUCCCCUUCCUAGUGACUUACCCACCGACGCUCUUCCAACGCCUGGGCCAAUUUUGGAGUGGACUCGUCAAACGCUGCAGAAUAUGUUUGACGGAGAUGGCCCUACUGAAGUGACUACAGAUGACGCUUCACCUGCGGUCGACUUUUCAUUGUACUCUGAGCACCCGGUUGUUUUCCUGAAAGAGCUUGUCGUACCUCUUUUCCAGAGGUGGCCUUUGGCCCCUGGCUUCCGUUUCAUGACCUUGGCCCGAGUGAUGGCUCUGAUUGACGAGGACAAACUUCCUCGACAAGAGGGCAUGGAUCUCUAUCGAACUAUGGCAGGCUCUUUGAUCGAAUCUCAGGACUUUGCUUCGCUACAGCAUCCAACAACAAUCCUUAAGCAGUCAAAAAAGAGGGAACUCCCGCCUUGGCUAACUCCCAAUAUGUGGGCUCAGCGUAGGCUGGGGAAUGCAGUCACGCACAAUGACAUGAGAGACUUCUUCUCGGGACUUUUGAAGGCCAGCACAAAGUCGAACAAUGUUUCAGGUCAAUUCAUGUCGAAGAUCACCAAGCAGCUUGACAGACUUUCAGAGGCCAGUUUCCAGUUGAUGUGGCUUCCCUUUCUGCGUUCCAUCAUUCCCCUUCUCGAAAAUGAGAGCAUUUCCUUGAGCACACCAACCUACAAGAAGUUUUUCUCAGCUGUCACUCGGGGUAUUCUUGACAACUUUCUUGGUCCAGAGCCUCGUAAGCCUUGGACAUGGGCCCUCACCGGCGUUCCCUGCGACUGCAGCGACUGCGAGCGUGUCAGCGCCUUUCUCCGCCACCACACAAAGAUGUCUGAAGAGUACCCGAUGAACAAGCCCCGUCGUAACCAUGUCCAGCAGGUACUUGAGAAAGCAGGUGUCGGUUGCAACAUUCGAACCCGCCGUGACACGAGCCCCUAUCCACUUGUGGUCACCAAGACCUCUCGACCUCAGGGGGUGAAGUUGGAAGCAUGGAAGAAACGACGGGAUCAGGUCCUCGAGGAGUUUGAUCAGAUUCAACCACAUCAUCUCAAGAAACUUCUCGGUAAGGAGUGUGAGACAAUCGAGCAACUCCGCGCCGGUCAGAAGGAUCAGGAAAACAUGUCGCAGGGACCUCAGACAGGAGAGAAGCGUGGGGUUGAUAAGUGA